CGCUCCUAAAACUUAUCUCCGGUUAAGACCUUGAAAAAGUGUUUUAACUGUUCUUUCCCACCCGCGAUCAUUUCUUAUUUUAGAGCUAGGGUUAAUCACCAACUGCCGGAACAUGUUAAACGAUAAGAGGCGGUGAAGUCAGAGGAGUGUUCAGAUAAGUGGUACAAAAAAUCGAGCCAGAUAAAGUCUGAGCAGAGUGCUCAUUAGAAUUAAUUAUCGAAUGUCGGAGCAAUCUCCGCCAGCGAUUGCCGAAUGAGAAAAUUAGCUGAUAAAUCCCCGCCAAAGCGAGGACAUAAAAAGCAAAGUCACCUGCAAUCAACACCGCAUUCGACGGAUUCUUUACAUAAACGCACAUCUUACAGAAAUGAAUGAUCUUUUUCUAGUUGUUUGCCUAGUCUUGGGUAUCUCAUCGACGACUUUAGCCGCGCUGGAUAUUGCCUCAAUUUGCAGGAGUUCCGAUCCCUGGCAAAUGCUGCCCCAUGAGAACCAUUGCCAGAGGUUCUACGUUUGCACGGGUGACGAUGAGCUGCCUUUUCAGGAGUUUAGCUGUCCGGCGGAGUAUCACUUUAGCCAGACGCUGAGGAUCUGCAUGCCCGGAAACUGCUCUAAUGAGCCCUUCGUUUGUGGGACAUCAAACAGCGUAGAGCGAGUUCAUACCGAUUGCUCGCGAUACAGACAAUGCUUGGAGAGGGGAUCCUUCGUGGUGGCCAAGUGCUCCGCCGGAAGCUACUUUGAUUCGGAGAGAAGAGCCUGCCUGCCGGUGGCUAUAACUGCUGCCCAUCAAUGCAGCUGUGUGCUGCCGGAAAACGCUACGCUGGCGAAUCCCAACGAUUGCGAGACAUACUUCCGCUGUCAUGACGGACAGGCAGAGCUGAUCCAGUGUCCGCCGGGCGAUUACUUCGAGGCAAAAUUGAGCGGCUGUAUACCGGAUCACACGGGCAUUUGCCUGGAGAGGCCCACCAUGCCGCCAGUGCUGUCGGAACAGGCACUCGCCCUAGAUGAGUGCAUCAGGACGGGCAGCCGAUUGGCGCCGCACAGCCACGAUUGUCGUCGCUAUUUUGUGUGUGCCAAGCAGAGGGUUCUGGAGAUGCGUUGUCCACGCGGUCAGUACUUCGAUGUUGUUAACCGGUACUGCAGUCUAGAUUUCGAAAACGAAUGCCAGGAUGUGCAGGUGAAAAAACAGGAGCAGAAGCCGGAGAAAGAAGUGGCCCAGUUAAACAUCCCAGUAAAAAAUAAAGCGGAGAAGGAAAUUCAGAAGCAGGCUCAGAUUGAGAUGAAAAAGGAGUUGGUAAGCCAAGAAGAAAAGUCAGCGUCCGAGGUCAAUGCCAAGCAGCCGUCGUCUUCGUCAGAGGCUAUUAGCAACUACGACAAGUUCUCGUCUAAAUUCAUUUCAUAUUAGGAGUUUUUGCAAGCUAAUAAACAAAACAAAAUACCUUA